AUGGCCCCCUUCAACCGGCAUAGUUAUGAUGUCGAGAUUCAAGAAAUAGGGAGUUUUGGGAAGUUGCCUCGGUUAUCCCAGGAAGAUGAUACAGGUAAUAAAUCUGAGGCAACCAAUCGACUUUGUUUUCCAACAGCAAACGAUCAAGUAGGGCAACAACCUUUAAAAGCUUUCCAUAAUUUGGACGCCUUGUUUCUUGACACAACUCCUCCACUUCGAUCGUAUGAACAUCAGAUGCAGGAGCUUGCAAAUAUUGAAUCUCAAUAUUCGGAGCUUAUUAAACCUCAUACAAAUCCUAAAAGGACAAAGACAACAAGUCAUGAUGUAGUACGCAAUGAAGUGAGUGAGCGCAAGCUAUCAACGGAUGCAGUUAUUCGUUUAGGUGGAGAAAAGUUCAUACAAUCUUGUUCAUCUUCGAUAAAUGAUAUCUCGAUUCCUAGCCAUCCGUAUAGCACUUCAUUCUCUGGCUUUUCUAUCCAGGAAACUAAAGAUAUUGAACUCAUUCAAAAUCUUUUACUUUCCGCAGAGAAAGUCUCCAACCAAAAGUUUGAACGUUCGAGUAAGCUUCUGGAUUGGUGUGACGCGUCAUCUUCUAAUUCAGGAAACCCCAUUCAAAGGUUAGUGCACUAUUUCUCGAAAGCUUUAAGAGAGAAGAUCGCUAAUGAAACCGGAAGAAUAUCAUUCCAUGGCCCAAGAAAGAACCAUGUAGAUGAUCUCGCAAAGAGAAUGUUGAGCGCUAAUCCAACAACGGUCUCAAUUUAUCAGAAGUUACCGUUUUUUCAAGUUGGUCAAUUUUCAGGGGUUCAGGCUUUGGUUGAUGCUGUUGUUGGGGCAACAAAAGUGCAUGUAAUUGAUCUAUCGAUAAAACAAGGUGUGCAGGGUACGAUUCUAAUGCAAGCUCUUAUUUCUCAACCCAUAUGUACUAUAGAGCAUCUGAAAAUAACCGCUGUCGGGACUAACUACAAAGAGAAAAUCGAACAGGCUGGUGAUUGGUUGAAGAGUUUUGCUGAAUCUAUAAACCUUUCUUUCUCUUUCAAUGUGGCUAUGGUGGAAGAUAUGCUUAUGUUUAAUGAAAAUCUUCUUGAGUUGGAUCCAGAAGAAGCAUUGGCCAUUUACUCAUCAUAUGGUUUGUGGGGCAUGAUUGGGCAGCAGGGCCGACUAGAAUCUCUGAUGAAAGUCAUAAAAAAUAUAAAUCCUCGUGUUAUGGUGGUAUCCGAAGCUGCAGUAAAUCUUAACUCACCCAAAUUUGUGAAUCGUUUUAUUGAAUCACUUUUCUAUUUUGGGGCACUCUUUGAUGCUUUAGAAGACUGUAUGGAUCGUGAAGAUGAAAACCGUGCUAUAACUGAAUCUGUGUAUAUGGGUAAUGGAAUAAGGAGCAUUGUGGCAACUGAAGGAGCGGAAAGGGUGAUUCGGAAUGUGCAUAUUAAUGUCUGGAGAAAAUUUUUCGCAAGGUUUGGGAUGAAGGAAACAGAACUGAGUAUGUCUUCUUUAUAUCAAGCAAAUCUGGUUGCAGAAAAAAUUUGCUGUGGAAGUUCUUGCACCUUUGAUAUGGACGGAAAUUGCUUAAUUAUUGGGUGGAAAGGAGCACCAAUCCAGUUUCUUUCCGCUUGGAAGUUCUCAUGA